AUGGAUAACGGUACUGAAGUUAGUGAAAAAACUGUUAUCUGGAGACAGCAGAUGGCGGUAAUAUUCGAUCCUAAGAAUGGUCACUCCACCAACGAAGUGAAGGUUGGAACUGCUGAUGAUCCUACUCUCAUCAGUUCCGACGAAUCGCAUAGCUCUGAAGAUGAUGGCGAAAAUGACUCUCAGGUUGUCGAGGAGUCUUACUCGCCUACCUGCCCUCUUGCAGUGCGCCAGGAAGCUGGUAUCUGUAUUUGCAUUAAGGAAUUCUAUCGAACAGACCCCCAAUUCGAACCGAUCUGGAGUCGCGAGGAUGAAGCUGUCGAACAAGAGAUGCGCCUACUCUCCAAAGGAAUCAAAAGAAAAAUCGAACCACACGAACAUGGUGCCGAAUACGGUGGUUUGGAUUUCUUUAACCCCGAGAAUAGCGAGCUUGUGUUUUGGACAGACGACAAAGAAGCAUUCCAGCUAUUUUCCAGAGCCGUUCGCGAAGAGUCAAAACCACUAGGUGGUGGUUCCAAGUUUACCGAACAACUUGUGGACGCUUAUAACAGAGGGCAGCACGUUGUGUGCUUUCUAAAUCUCCUCGAGUCCCGCAAGAAGACCGUCAAUGUCACCUUGGAGGAGUAUAGGGAGCUCGAAGAAAGGAAUGCAAUGGCACUACUAGCUUACGCAGAAAGCGAAGUUGCUCCCUGGUUCCCCGAAAAUGGACGACUCGACUGGAUGUUUGAUGCCUGUAAGCGAGGAGUUACAAUCAACAAAAUCGGAAAUGACCGUGAAAUCGUCAAUAAAUCGAACGAACCUAUCGAUUGGGAAAAAGCCAAGAUCGAAUUUGUUGACCCCGAUAGGUUGGAGACUGCCAGGUCGAAAUUUGUGAAAGGUCAAACUUCAUCAGAAAUGGUUAAUGAUGUCAGGCUACAAAGAAUCAUUCAACUACACCUGGACGGCCAUACUCUCAUUGGGAAAACCAAGGCCGAAGGGAACACCAGUGAUACCGAGGACACUUACGAUGAAGAUUCUUCCACCCAUUCCGACGAAGAGUCAGGUCCAGCAAACGACAUGGAUUCAUCCGAGGAAGAAUACAGCGGCAAUGAUGACUACGAAUUCGGCAAGCCUGAUAUUGAAAGCUGGCUCGAAGAACAGACGAAUACCGGUGCAUAUGGCUCAGCCUCAGUACCACAGUCCACAGACUGGCAUUCCAUUCGAACGGGUGGCAAACAAGGCUGCAAGACGUGGCCAAAGAAUAUGGCCAUCGAAGCAGCGUUUCGGGAAUUUAAAUUCGCAGGUGUCCCUGUGAGUGUGAAAACACGCAGGUUCAAGAAGGAAACGAGUGGAACUAAGCUGCUCAGAAAGGUCCUGCAGCAUAUCGAUGAGCACUACCGGGAAGUCGAAGCAGAGACCAGAGCUAAGCCUCGCAAAAACAAAAACAAAUCCAAAUCUGGCGAGGGCACAGGCGAUGCAACGGCUGACGACGACUCCAACAAUGGGCCAAAGAGAAAGUCUCCUGGCGAGUCGAAGUUUAUAAAAAGCAUAAGAGAGAUGGGCCGGGAAGCAGAGAAGUUAUAUAACGGGGCAAUGGGGGUUGGAAGGAGAUCGACAGCAUACCGGGACAUGUUGCCCUCAAAUGCGCAGGUUCUGGCAUCUAGAUUUAUCAACCCAUAUGGUCAUUUGACUGGCAAACUGUCCGGGUCGCUCUGUGUGUGCCGUUCGUCGUUUCUUGGCGAUAUCCCUAAUCAACCCGAGGGGAUAAGCAGAGACAACCGAGAUGAUCCUGCAGAUGCGGAGGAUGAGGAUCAGAUGGACGAAGCCGAAUCUGCAGGCAAGAUCCCUGAAGACAUUCUCAACAGUGCUGCAGAUGCGGAGGAUGAGGAUCAGAUGGACGAAGCCGAAUCUGCAGGCAAGAUUCCUGAAGACUCGUGCAGCAAUGCUGAAGAUGCGGACGAUGAGGGCGACACAGCUGCCGUUAAUAAUGUCUUGCCAGAAUCGUCAGGAGAUAACAACGCCAAAAGCAUUGCAAUGCGCUGUAUCCCUGCGCCAGCAGGUUUUAAAGGGCAUGAAGAGCAGCCAGCUUUGUGUGGUGGGUAA